CUGCUGCAGUCUGGGCGCGGAGCUGCCGGAGACCGGGCGUCAGGGGAGCUGUGGCUGUUUACCGCCUGGUGACAAGCGUUGCAAUGCAAAAGCCGAACGCGUCCGUGGAGGGGAAGCUGCGCUGGCAACGGCACCUGUAAGGAGCGGAGGGGAGGAGGCUUCCAGAGGCGUUCGGCAGCCCGCAGCCAAGGCGCCAGGCAUCGGCACCUCCUUCAAGUGUCUCCAUCGCUGUUUGCUUCGGAUCUCUUCUUAAGGGAGAAGAGGGAAAAGGAUCCAGAAAACCCCCGCAACGGGACAGCCCCUGCUGGAGUCUAACAGGUGUUUGCUGGGAUUUGAAUGGGGAGGGGACGGGUGGGGAGAAAAGUUAACUGGAGAAAUUUGGGCUAGGAGAGAUGCGAUGAUCUUGCGCCAAGUGGAUGUCUGCAUGUGAAUAGUGCAUCUGGAGAAGCUCGGAGGGAUGUCUGGCAAGUGAUCGGCUCCGUCUCCGUAGAAACGCUCACCUCUGCCUGCAAACUUCCCCUGCCAGAAGUUGGAAGGAAUAAAAAAGAAAAAAUCAAAAGGAGGAAAUAGGGGAAGAUCUCAGCGGACAGAAACACUUGAGCUAAACUGUUGAAUCUCGAUCCAGGGCUGCGGUGUGAGCGUCCCACCAGUGUCCCCUGGGCUCCCGAGCCGAGUGGCGGUGGGUGGCGUUGGCCGAGGCGCCCAGCAGUGUCCCCGGCGCUGGGGACAGGCCCAGCAGCAUGCUGGCUGCGGGGCCCGCGCCCGGCGAGCAGACCCCCCGUGCCUGACCCGCCGGUGCUGCCGGGGCCGUGGCGGCCAUGGCUGCAGCCAUCGCCAGCUCCCUGAUCCGCCAGAAGAGACAAGCCAGGGAGCGGGAGAAGUCCAAUGCCUGUAAGUGUGUCAACAGCCCCAGCAAGAGCAAGGGAAACUGCGACAAGAACAAGUUGAAUGUGUUUUCCAGGGUCAAACUCUUUGGCUCCAAGAAAAGGCGAAGAAGGCGACCAGAGCCUCAGCUUAAAGGUAUAGUAACAAAGCUAUACAGCAGGCAAGGAUACCACUUACAGUUGCAAGCAGAUGGAACAAUUGAUGGAACAAAAGAGGAGGACAGUAGUUAUACUUUGUUUAACCUCAUACCUGUGGGUUUACGAGUGGUGGCGAUUCAGGGUGUUCAAACAAAAUUGUAUCUGGCAAUGAACAGUGAAGGAUACCUCUAUACAUCAGAACAUUUUACACCUGAAUGCAAGUUUAAAGAAUCAGUAUUUGAAAACUACUAUGUGACAUAUUCUUCAAUGAUCUACAGACAGCAACACUCCGGGCGGGGCUGGUACUUGGGUCUUAACAAAGAAGGAGAAAUCAUGAAAGGAAACCACGUGAAGAAAAAUAAACCUGCAGCACACUUUCUUCCAAAACCAUUAAAAGUGGCCAUGUACAAAGAGCCUUCCCUCCACGAUCUCACAGAAUUCUCAAGAUCUGGAAGUGGGACCCCAACAAAGAGCAGAAGUGUCUCAGGAGUGCUAAAUGGGGGUAAAUCCAUGAGCCAAAACGAGUCAACGUAGCCAGGUUCAGGCCAGCCAAGUGCUCUCUAAACAGAACCUUACCUCUGGAUGCAGUUGAAUUCUUACUAGCAGUCUUUCAUCCAAACAUUCAAUUGCCCAGGACAAGCCACCGAACUUGCAUAGGUCACUUGUUUAUCAGCCAUUAGAUCUCCUGGUUGUCAAAGGAUGUACCCCAAUAAUGUAGAAUAUGCUUGUGCAUAUCACAAGGCACUUGGAUAGCCAGCAAACGUAACUGCUGAAUAAAUCUCGGAGAAGAAAUGUCCAGCUCUUUCUCUCUCUUUCUUUUUCUCUCUCUCUUUCUCUCUCUCUCUCUCUCUCCUCUGCUUUGUGGAAUAUGAAGCAAAAACAUUUCACAGCAUUCACUGCUGAUAAGAAUUUGCUUUCCAACUCAGAAAAAAGACCACUUUUGCUCUUCAACGGAAAUUUUAAUGCUUGUAUGUUUUAUAGGGGCAAACAAAAAACAAAUAUGUAAACUCUGUUGUUUCCUUGGCUUACCGUUUUAUAUCUAAGGCUUGAUAAAAAAAUGUAUCCUUUAAUUUGGAAUAGUGCAACUUUUUGAUUUCUCAACUCCAAUGAGUCUUUAAAGCUAUGUCUUUAAAAAAAAUAUAUUGAAAAUUCAGGGUUGGAACUGAGAGUUGGUGUCUCAGGCUCAAGCAAACGGUGUUCUUCUGGUUUUAAACACAAUGAAAUAUAAAUUUUUAUAGAUUUGUAGUUUCUGGUAAAGUUCUUGUGCUAACCCCAGUCUGUAGGAACUGAGUUGUUUUGUUAUCCCGAGUGGAAAUUAACAGAAAGGGAUAAAAUUACCCUCCAAUGUAGAUUUCUCUUAAUUCCAUUUUGUGUGUCAUGUUAAACUCUUGUUGUGGCUUCUUUUCUAAAGACAGAAACUGUGGAAUUAAGGUGACUUAAUUUUUUUAUAAGAAACGUCUUAUUUGUAAAAGUCCUUCUUUCACUGUAACGGGCACGUGACUAUUGUGUAGGAGGAAGCGUUAGGACAGGUUACCCCUAAACGACAUAUACUUAUACAUGCUAUUGGAAACAAUUGUUUAAAAAAAAAUGUAGUUAGGUUUCCAUUUAGGCCAUCAUGUCUGUUGCAUGGGAGAAAGUUGGAAUAUUGGCAUAGAGUUGCAUGAUGUGUAAGAUUUUGUGCAUUAAUCAUCGUUGGAUUCUGUGCUCCAAAACUGACAUAGUUCUGUACAGGCAGCUCUCUGCCUGCUACAAAAGAGUUGUUUAUUAUUUGUUGUAUACACAACCAUGCACUGAAUAAAUUAUUUAUAUUAAGAUGUA